UGGACCUGUUUAUCUACCCACAGCGUUUCCUGGAUAGAGGGCCUGGAUCUGGCUGCAGAGGAGUUGGCUCCUGGUUUUGGUCUUGGCAACCUCCUCUCCUAGGGGAGGCUGUGGACCGCAAGGUUUAGGCCUUCAUGGGAGGCUGUUGAGUGUCAGAAUCUUAUUCUUAGGCAUACACACACACACACACACACACACACACACACACACGCACGCACGCCCUUAUGCAGAACCACCUAGCUUGGAGAAAGGUGUACCUUCUCCACUAGAGUUGAGCAAGGUGUCAGAUAUCUGUGGAGUCCCAGAGAAGGUUACAACGUCCUGCCUGCCUUCAAGGAGUGAACAGGGCACUUGAGAGGAGGAGCACCGUGGGAUUAAUCUAAAACAGAACAAGAAAGAGAAGCAACUGACCCUGUACCUGCAGGGAUUUGCUCACUCCUCUGGAAUUUACCUGUAAACCCACCUGAGAAAACUAAGGGCCUCAUCAAAGAGAAGACACAGCCCAGGCCCAGGAUUGUGCUCCCAGCAGAAUUUGGGGAGUCUCCCCUGUGAUUGUCUUGCACAUGGAACCCAGCAGCAGCCUCAGCAUGGAGAGCAGGACUGGCCUGGGGUCCGCCCCCUCCACACUGCCAUACUAUGUGGCCUUCUCCCAGCUGCUGGGCCUCACCGUGGUGGCCAUGACUGGUGCUUGGCUGGGUCUGUACCGAGGUGGCAUUGCCUGGGAGAGCACCCUGCAGUUCAACGUGCAUCCCCUCUGCAUGGUCAUAGGCCUGAUCUUCCUGCAGGGAGAUGCCCUGCUGGUUUACCGUGUCUUCAGGAAAGAGGCCAAACACACAACCAAGGUCCUGCAUGGGCUGCUGCAUGUCUUUGCAUUCAUCAUCUCCCUGGUUGGCUUGGUGGCUGUGUUCGAUUACCACAGGAAGAUGGGCUAUGCUGACCUCUACAGCCUGCACAGCUGGUGCGGGAUCCUUGUCUUUGUCCUCUACUUUGUGCAGUGGCUCGUGGGCUUCAGCUUCUUCCUGUUCCCUGGAGCUUCGUUUUCUCUGCGGAGCCGCUACCGCCCUCAGCACAUUUUCUUUGGUGCUGCUGUUUUUCUCCUUUCUGUGGGCACAGCCCUGCUGGGCCUGAAGGAGGCGCUGCUGUUUAAACUUGGGACCAAGUACAGCACGUUUGAGCCUGAGGGGAUCCUGGCCAAUGUGCUGGGCCUGCUGCUGGCCUGCUUCGGGGUGGCUGUCCUGUACAUCCUGGCUCAAGCAGAAUGGAAGAGGCCUCCCCAGGCUGAAGAGCAGGCCCUCUCCAUGGACUUCAAGACGCUGACAGAGGGGGACAGCCCAGGCUCCCAGUGAUGGCCUGUCCUUGACCUGUGUGGAGGCCUGGCAGGGGUGGUUCUGUGGGGUUCCCACAGAUGUCUUUUGCUCACUCCUGCUGAGGCUCCAGAGGAGGGCCCAGAGGGCGGGGUGGGGAGUGUGACUGCAGAGGUAUCUGUUUGAACUGGUUUUGGGGGCUAGGGCUCGCCCUCUCUUUCCCUUCCUUAUUGCUGCUGUAGAAGUGUCCACUGAGUCACAUGCAAGCCCGUGCCAUUGUUUCCCCCUUCAAAUGAAGAAGGUUUGAGUAGGGGCUGGAGAAGCUGGAGAAUGGCUUCACCUCAAAGCAGAUGCCUGUUGUAAGGUCAGGAAAACUACAGGGUCUCAGGGAUUGGGCCUGAAAAGACUGCUGCUCUGCAGAACACUGAAUUCAAACCAAUCUUAUCUAUCCUGAGUAACAGUUGGCCCUGUUCUUGGCAGUUGAGCAAGUGAUACUAUGUGUGAAGUAUGCUGAUGUUCAGCUCAAGACUCCCCAGGAGAGGAGGGACUGGCCCCUGGGAAGCACAGCGGUGCAUCUCAGCUAACAGUCUUGGGCCGUCCUGUACUUUAACCCCGGAGUCCCAGGUUGGCCUUGUGGAGGGGAUAGAAGCAUGUGGCUUCAGACACACAUGCCCUGUGCCCCAGCAGCUGAGAGCAGCCCUUCCUGCCCAGCCCUGCCCCACUCAUGCCAGCUCAGGCACUGCUUUGAGGGGUGGAAAGAGCUGCUGUGUUGUCCCACAGGGGGCCGCUGCAGGACCCUCCCCGGUGCAAGCAGUGGCUUGUGUCCUGAGGGGUGGGCCCCUUCUCCCACUGGGCCCAUCUUUUCAGGGUUAGACUGAAGCAGAAUGAGAUUAAUCCCCUCUGGUGUAUGGACAUGGCUUCAACCCCACGUGUGUGACGUUAGCUGAGUCACCAUUUGGCUUCAGUUAGAAAUAAUGUGAUUAGAGCAUUGAUCUUGUGCUUCUUCAUUUUGGCAAAUGCUCUCUCGUUUUCUGGGCUUUCUGGAGCCUGGCAGUUUAAGACAGACACGGUUUACUUAAGUGAAGAAAUUAAUACAAUUUCCAAACUGGAGUCCUAUUUUUUUUUUUUUUAACAGUUACCCUUUCCUCACUUAAAUGCUACCUUAGAGACUUUCUUUUUUCUUUUGGGUACCUGGGAUCAAACUCGGGGGCUUGCACUUACCAGGCAGGCACACCACCACUGAGCUACAUCCCUGGCCCAAUGCUGCCUUAGAGAAACUGUCUGCCGCCUCUAUUGCUUACAUUUCUAAUAAUUGGCUUCUGCCGUGGGUCCUUCCUGUGGCGAUGUCACUCCUCAGAGCAGGCAGCUGAGGUCCAGCCCCUUUCCCCAUCUCUCCCCACUCGCCUGGAUGAUGUACAUCUCAGUGGUACACUCUGCAAGUUCCUCAGUCUCCUUGUACACUCUUGUGUAGUCAGAUGUUGACAUGUGGAAAACUUAUCCUUAGACAGAUUACUAAGGUAUAAUUGUACCUAAUUGCUUGCCUGAUCUGCACAGAGAACUGGAACUGCAGAUGUGCAGUGUCUGUAAACUGAUUAGUUUGCCAAAGUGUACACUGGAUGACUAAGGACCAAAGAAGGCCCUUAAGUAGAUGUGUAUGGUUUCUCGUUUGCUUGUGGCCUGUCUCCUGUAAGGUAGAUGUGCUGUCUGUGCAGCAGAUGAUCCAAUAAAUGUCUACAGCAGCCUGUA